AAUGGAUCAUUGUAAUGGAAAUAAAUCAUUAAACAUUGCCCCUAGCGAUCGUCAAGGGCUUUGGAGCACGAGUGGUGAUAAUGAUGUUCCCGGCAGCGUGUCGGGCCUCCAGCGUUUGCAGCACAAAAAGUUUAAUAAGGGUCUUGCAUUUACCUUGGAAGAACGUCAACUGUUGGGCAUUCAUGGCCUUCUGCCGGCUGUAGUGAAAUCGGAAGUAGAACAAAUCCAACAUUGUUUGUUGUUGUUGGAUCGUUUGGAAUCUGACUUGGAUAAAUAUAUGUAUUUGAGUAGUCUAGCCGAACGAAAUGAACGUCUAUUCUAUAAAAUUUUGGCAACAGAUGUUUCCAAAAUGAUGCCAUUAGUUUAUACGCCCACUGUAGGUUUGGCUUGUCAGAAAUUCAGUAUGAUAUUUCAAUAUCCCAAAGGCCUGUAUAUUACAAUUAAGGAUAAGGGUCAUGUCUAUGAAGUUCUCAAGAAUUGGCCGGAAACCGAUGUACGUGCCAUUGUCGUUACAGAUGGAGAACGUAUCUUAGGUUUAGGCGAUUUGGGCGCCAAUGGCAUGGGCAUACCGGUUGGUAAAUUAUCCCUGUACACAGCUCUGGCCGGCAUAAAACCUAGUCAAUGUUUACCCAUAACUUUGGAUGUUGGUACCAACACAGAAACCCUACUCAGUGACCCGCUCUACAUUGGUCUACGCCAUAAGAGAAUUACCGGCAAGGAAUAUGACGAGUUCAUCGACGAAUUCAUGCAUGCUGUGGUACGACGCUUUGGCCAAAAUUGUCUCAUACAAUUCGAGGAUUUUGCCAAUGCGAAUGCAUUCCGUUUUUUGGCCAAAUACCGUAAUGACUUUUGCACAUUUAACGAUGAUAUUCAGGGUACAGCCUCGGUGGCAGUAGCCGGUCUGUUGGCAUCACUGAAAAUCAAGAACACAAAACUGAAAGAGAACAAAAUUUUGUUCCUUGGUGCUGGUGAAGCUGCCUUAGGCAUUGCUGGGCUAUGUUUAAUGGCAUUGAUGAAGGAAGGCCUGACCGAAGCUGAGGCAAAGAAAUGCAUCUGGAUGGUGGACAGUAAGGGUUUAAUUGUACAAAAUCGUCCCACCGGUGGCAUCACUGAACACAAAAAGCAUUUUGCUCAAGAUCAUGCACCUGUCGAUUCCUUGGAAGAGGCAGUUAAAACAAUUAAACCCUCAGUCUUGAUUGGGGCUGCGGCAAUUGGUGGAGCCUUUACCAAAUCUAUACUGGAGAUGAUGGCCGAAUUUAAUGAGACCCCAAUAAUUUUUGCUCUAUCAAAUCCCACGAGUAAAGCUGAAUGUACAGCCGAACAGGCUUACCAGUAUACCAAAGGAAAAUGUAUAUUUGCUUCUGGUUCACCCUUUAAACCCGUACAAUAUCAGGGCAAAACAUUCUAUCCGGGCCAAGGAAAUAAUUCAUACAUUUUCCCAGGUGUAGCGCUGGGUGUACUCUGUGCCGGUAUGUUGACCAUACCGGAAGAAUUGUUCCUGAUGUCAGCUGAAUGUCUGGCAAAUUUAUGUAAACCGGAUGAUUUGAAUAAGGGUUCGUUGUAUCCACCCUUGAAUAGUAUUACUGAAUGUUCGGUCGAAAUUGCCGCCUACAUUGUGGAAUAUGCAUAUAAAAAUGGCCUAGCUACAGUACGCCCAGAACCAAAGGACAAGAGAGCAUUUAUACGAGCACAAAUGUAUGACUUGUCAUAUCCAUCAGCCAUUCCAGAGGUCUAUAUGUGGCAACAGAAAUUGUAA